AGACAUGUCGAAGUUCUUUCCAUAUCAUAGAUUAUGCAUAUGAAUUCAAUACACAUGAAACCGUUUCAUCGAUAAUUUGUGACAGGGUGAAUAUGCUAGAAGUUAGUUGAAGCUAGUGGACAAAAUGGUUUCGGAAGGGAUAGUCAAGGCGAAAUAUUGUUAUUAUUCCGCUUUGGGAAUAACUGGCUUGGCCAGCUAUCUAGACGGCAACAAGCCCAAACUUACAACAAGAAUUUGGACAUGCUUUUUCAUCUAUGUGAUCCUUCCUUCUGUCACGACGGCGCAUUUCUAUACGUCACUAUUCUCGGAAACGUCCUACGCCCAGAAGUUCCUCGCUAUGAGCCUCGGGCUCGACCAAUUUCAGAUCAUGACCAAAAGCAUUUUUUUCCAUAAUUACAUGUCAAAAAUGUCAGGACUCGUACUCGAUUUCAGUUCGUUCGCAUGCGUGGGGCACGAUUGGGAAAGGACCGGAACAAUACUCGGAAAACGCACCGAUGAAAUAUUAAGACUGCAAAAGUUUUACAACAUGGUUCUCUUGGUCUGCUUCUGCUCUUGGUCCCUCGUUCCUAUAAUUUCCUCCCCCUCGGCACUCUUUUUGAGCCGAAAUUUAGAAGAAAUGAGCAAAGUUUUGCCGAUAGUUUACCCUUUCGACGUCAACAGCUUCCCAUGGGUGCAGAUCAUCUACGUCUACGAGGUGGUCAGCACAAUGGGCAUAUUGAUCCAUUUCGCAGGAAGCAAUCUGUUCUUCGUCUGCUGCGUAAUCACUCUUUGCGGAAUGUUGGAGCUUUUAAAAAUGUCUUUUGAAACAUCCAACAACUACGAAGAUUUCAAACAAUUCAUCAAAGACCACCAGAGACUUCUAUGCAUGUGCAAAGAAAUCAAACAUAUUCUAUCUCCGAUCCUGGCUCUCCAACUUCUAAUCAGCGCUCUUACCAUUUGUUUCGCCAUUUAUGAAAUCACAAUGGUUAAUGAAACGAGCAAAAGUGGUAUGGACCAGGUGAUACUUUAUUCACGGAAAACCACCUACACUAUGGUCAUAUUCAUCGAGCUGUUGUUCUACUGCUGGCUAAGCACAGAACUUCAACAAGCUACUCUGACCAUAAGGGAUGGAGUUUACAACAGUUCCUGGUACUUGGAUAAACAGCCCAAAUACAAAGAUAUCGUUAUAAUAAAUGCCAGAUCGCUCCGUCCUGUCAGUCUUACAGCUUUGAUGAUGAACAAUUUACACCUCGGGACAUCAAUUGAGGUGCUGCGCGCCGCUUACUCUUAUUACACAAUGCUUAAACAAAUGAACCGCUGAGUAAACUUAGUUAUUCGGGUAAAACACCGAUUAUUGUUGAUUCAAAUAUAACUUGUAUUUUAUUUUAUUUCCUUAUAAUUGACAUCAAUGCACUUAGUACAAUUGGUUGGCGACACAAUA